AUGCUCGCGCUGUCGAACUUCCCCGCCGCCUUCCUCGCCCUCCUCUGCGCCUGGUCACUGCUCCCUGUCGCCCACGCAACAUAUCUCGUCAUCAACGCCCCCGCGAAGGGGACGCAGUGGGUGAACGGCGCGACGAACCCGAUCUCGUGGACGAAGGGCCUCCUCGACUCCGUCUCCACGUUCGACAUCGAGAUGUCCCGGAUGAGCGACGACGGGCUGAUCUAUGUCGCGCGAAACGUGGACUGCUCGCUCUCGAAGGGCAACCUCAACGUCGCGCUGCAGGACGUCCCAACGGGCGACGACUACUACCUGCUCUUCAUCGACUCCGCGCACGGCAUCCUGUACGGCACAUCCCCCCGCUUCUCCAUCGUCGCCGCCGAGAACGCGACGGCGACCCCCACGCCGGUCUCGGGCGCCGCGACGGCGUCGCUCUCCGGCGGGGCGAACCCGACGGUCGGGUUCGCGACGACGUUCGCCGCCGUCAGCGGCGCCGUCGCGCUCUGGGGCCCCCACGCGCAGACGCAGCUACUCGCAGCGGGCGCCGCGCUCCUCGCGUGUCUCGCCGGGGGCGCGUGGUCGGUGCUGUAG